AGUUCCACAAUGUUUUCUUUGCCCCCAAAUGCACUAAAUCAUCUCCAAGUCCAAAGCAUUCGGCAAAUGAUGGUAAGGCAGAGCCACCAGAAAGAUGCACCUGAUUUCCAUGACAAAUAUGGUAAUGCUGUAUUAGCUAGUAGAACCACUUUCUGUAUUACUGUAUGGACAUAUAAAGCAACACAAAUUGGAAAAGAACAGAACCUGUCCCCUGUUGGCAGAGUUACCACAAAGGAACAGAGAGAUCAGUAA